GACGCGGUCGCUGCAGGAACCAAUAUCACAAUAAUGAACAGGCAAAGGUCUUACAAGAUGAAUCCGAGUGUCGCCGCUACAGCCAUGCUCGUGUUGCUUAUAGUCAUAUGUCUCACGGAAGGUGCUUCAGAGCAAAGAAUUAAUAGUAGAGGUAACAAAUCGCCAAACAUAAUACCAAAGGUGAAUGGAUGGCGCAGUCAACGUGGAGGUUCCUGCUUAAGUUAUGGCCACUCAUGUUGGGGAGCUCAUGGAAAACGAUCUGGAAGGCAAUCUUCAUCAGCUGCAGAUCUUUACCUUAACAGAAUUUUAAGUCGCAUGGCAUCCAAUGAUAUGACCCGCGGCAAAACAUACGACCUGAAGAAUGACGACUUUGAUGACAUCUUUCGGGUGGUAGUUGAAGAUCCUUCUAACAGACUCACAUCGUACAUAAAAAUGACAAUUUAUAUUUUUAUCAAAAAGGAGGAUGGCGAGAAUGUAUGUAUUUUGGGACCCACUGAAAGAAGUGGCGUACAUCAUGGAAACUUAUUAAUAAUUGUAGAACAUUACGAAACUAUGAAAAAAGCAAAUCGUAGCAGUGAAAGUGAGGAGCCCGUGGUGGACAUGAGCUCGAAGCUGCCUGAAGCUAAACCCAUGCUGGAUGAUGACUUAAUAUCCAAAAUGAAGUUAUGGCAAUUAAUGGUAAUAGAAGCUCUAGGUAUAAUUAAGGGGAAACAGCGACAUCAACACCCGGGUGUAUUGACUAUUGUGGCUCUAGUUAUAACAGUUCAAAUACCAGUUCAUAUUCGCAGGCUGAUAAAAUAUCAAAUACCUGAAUACGGGUUACUUCACGGAAAAGCUCCAGAUGAUAGGGAUUUAUUAAAAAUAAUAGAAAGGGGUGCAGAAAGUUCAACAUGA